UCGCCCCCCCCGGCUCCUCCUGCGCCCGCCCCGGCACCGAUUGUUGACAAAAGACGCUGCGAGACGGAGCGAAGGAGCACCACAGCCCGGUACUGGUGUGGCCGAGGUGAUUCGGUUGUCGGUGGUGGUCGGACCGCAGCAGGCCGGUGUGAAGUGGACGCCCCCCCCCCCUUCCCCCUCCCCCCCUUCACCUCGCGAUUGGUAUUUACCGACAAAACCAGCGGCCGAGAUGGGUCACUGGCUGUGAGAGGAAGGGCCGGACCAGCGUUACAGGAGGAGGCGGCGGCCUUGGACAGGUCUAUUCAGCCGGGAAUGGUGUGAGCUGAGACGGCCAGGCAUUCUGGAUCUGACCGGGGACCCGUCAUUCCCCCGGAGCCUCCGCGGCUCCAAGCCGCGUCCUGAGCCCUCCAAGAUGGGGAAGUGCGACGGAAGAUGCACGCUGCUGGUGAUAUGUUCACUGCAGUUGGUGGCAGCCCUGCAGAGGCAGGUGUUUGACUUUCUAGGGUACCAAUGGGCCCCCAUCCUGGCCAACUUCCUGCACAUUAUGGCCGUCAUCCUGGGCAUGUUUGGCACCGUGCAGUUUCGCUUCCGAUACCUUAUCUUUUAUGCAGUAUGGCUGGUCCUCUGGGUGGGCUGGAACUCAUUCAUUAUCUGUUUCUACCUGGAGGUUGGCAACCUGUCUCAUGACAGGGACUUUCUCAUGACGUUCAACACAUCCCUUCAUCGCUCGUGGUGGAUGGAGCAUGGUCCCGGUUGCCUGGUGACACCUGUGCUAGACUCUCAUAUGGCCCCUGACGACCACCAUGUCAUCACUGUCUCCGGGUGUCUCCUUGACUACCAGUACAUAGAGGUGUUGAGUUCGGCGAUUCAGAUCCUAUUGGCUCUCUUUGGCUUUGUGUACGCCUGCUACGUGAGCAAAGUCUUCCAGGAUGACGAGGACAGCUUUGAUUUCAUCGGUGGUUUUGACUCGUACGGCUACCAGCCUCCUCAGAAGUCCUCUCAUCUGCAGCUGCAGCCUCUUUACACGGCUGGUUAACUGUUGGUCGCGCCCCCUUCAGGCCAAACCCUGACAGUGUCACUGUGGAUGGAAAGCAGCGGUUGCCUAGACUACACUCACUCUGUGUGUCACAGUUUACCGGAGGAAUGGACUUACCCCACCCAGAGGGAGAGACGUCUGUGCGUGUGUGCAUGUGUGCUUGUGUCUGAGAAAGAGAAAUACAGCCCUGAAUAGAAUGUACAGAGCUCAGGGAAGAACCAGCAUGCCAGGUGGUGUGAUAACAUGAAGGAGGAGGAGGAGGAG